AUGAAGAAAACACCUGCGAACAGGCGAAUUUUCAAGGCGAGAGAGUUUGCCAUUCUGAUCUUGCGCUUUAAGGCUGCAUUCUCUUAUCAGUCUUGCCAUCGCUGCCAGGAGCGGCUUAAGCUUUUUGCCGGGCCCAACCACCUCUACUACAACAAGGUUGUUACCCCAUGUGCCCUUUGCGUCCCUCCGUUUCUGCCGAGCGCACGGGGCAGUGGAGGAUCCAGUGGAGUAUCCCAUGCACAAGAUCAAGGUGACCCACUCAGCACAAAGCUUUGGAGUCCAGGGUUUUUCCAGAGGGUUUGGGCCGUGGAGAUGAAGAGAUUAGAGAGAGCUCAGCCUCUGCGUUUCCUGGACCUGGAGGACUGCACGCACACCGCCAACCUGCGGUACCGCGACCGAACAAUGCAGGACGAAGUGGUGCUCCAGUACAAGCAAGCCAGAGUUGACAGGACCAGGUUGAAGCAGUAUCGCACCUUCUUGUCGAAGCAGUUACAAAGACUUGGAGAAGAGGCCACCAAGGACAUGGACAUGGAAGAGUUUGUGGCGAAGGCUACGGAGAACGAGUACGAACGCGUCGCGGAAGAGACGGCGGGUGAUGCCCCUGUGAAGAAGAAGGAGAACCUGUUUUACGAAACCUGGCUGCCAAAGCAGAAGUACUCCGACAAUCGGAAUCGGCGAAAAGGAGUUACACACAUUCCUCCUGUUCAAGUGUGGAAAGAGCCCAAGAUGGAGGAAGGAAAGUGA